AUGUCAAAAUUGGUUUGUUUAAUAUUGUUAGUGGCUUCGGCUUCGACUGCUCGUCUCGAUCACUUGUUGCCAGGGUACAGCUACAGCGGUGGUAAUUAUAACAGUGGCAACAAUGCUGCCCCCUUCAACUUUGAAAACAUUAAUAAUGGUGAUGGCAGCUACAGGUUCAGUUAUGAUACGCCGACGGGCAUCUCGGCGCACGAGAGUGGGGCCCCCCGUGCUCAGGGCCCCGAGGGCCCUGCUGUAACCGCAGAAGGUGGGUUCUCCUAUCGGGCCCCAGAUGGACAACAAAUCUCACUCACAUACACCGCCGAUGAGAACGGUUUCCACCCAGUGGGAUCACACCUCCCUACUCCACCGCCGAUUCCUGCUGCCAUUCAGCGCUCCUUGGAAUACAAUAGACAAAACCCUUCCAACGGUGGCCGCAACUAUUACUAA